AUGGACGUCAACAGGAGACUGGGAAUGAGGGACACUGUGCUCGCGCUUUUACUCACUAUCCUCCAGGGAUUUCCUCUCGGGGAAACUGUCCCGAACCCAUCACCGCUGGUCGGAUCCAACUGGGGGAACCCGAGGAGAUACGUUCACCUGCAGACUUCCACAGAUCUCAACAACUUCUACUUGGAGAUUAGAUUAGAUGGCACUGUGCGUAAAACUACUGUCAGGAGUUCAUAUAGUGUGAUUUUACUGAAAGCUGAAACGAGGGAGCGCAUCGCCAUCCUCGGCGUCAAAAGUAGCCGAUACCUGUGUAUGGAUCUGGAGGGCAAUCCGUUCAGCUCUCCCGUCUGCCACAGGGACGAGUGUCUGUUCAACCACAAACUUCUGGAGAACAACCGGGACGUGUACUACUCCUGCAGAACCGGCAUCCUGUUCAACCUGGAGGGCUCCCGGCAGGUGUACUCAGCGGGCCAGAACCUGCCACAGACCUCCCUCUUCCUGCCCAAGAAGAACACGGUGCCACUGGAGCGCCUCCUGCUGCACAGGGAGAAGAGGAACCAGGUAGUGGACCCUACCGACCCGCACAGCUUCUUCAUGGGUCAGACUGAGGAGGGAUCGGACUCCCGCGCCGUGCCGGAGGACGACGCCGAUCUGGAGGUGGAGGUAGAGGUGGAGGCUGGGGACGAAGGGCGCAACGUGUCCAGGGAAACUCUGCUGGACCCGUCCACUCACGACCCCUGGAAUGUGCUCUCCUCCAACCCGGCUAGCCCCCGCAGCACCGGGACCAUAGGGUGA